CGCGUGCGGGCGGGGGUCCCUCCAAGAUGGCGGGCGUGCCGGCCGUGCGCAUCAGCAUCGAGUCAGCGUGUGAGAAGCAGGUGCAGGAGGUGGGGCUGGAUGGAAGCGAGACCUACCUCCAGCCGCUCUCCAUGUCCCAGAACCUGGCGCGCCUGGCGCAGCGCAUCGACUUCAGCCAGGGCUCCGGCUCCGAGGAGGACGAGCCGGGCUCGGCGGGCCGCGCCUGGGCCGAGCCGGGCGAGACGGAGGAUGAGGAAGGGUUGGUAAAGUUUCAGCCAUCCCUCUGGCCUUGGGAUUCAGUGAGGAACAACUUAAGAAGUGCCUUGACUGAGAUGUGUGUGUUGUAUGACGUUCUUAGCAUCGUGAAGGAUAAAAAGUUCAUGACUCUAGAUCCAGUCGGGCAGGAUCCCCUUCCUCCAAAACAAAAUCCUCAGUUUCUACAGCUGAUUUCAAAAAAGAAGUCAUUAGCUGGAGCAGCUCAGAUCCUGUUGAAAGGUGCAGAAAGAUUGUCCAAAUCAGUUGCUGAAAAUCAGGAAAAUAAGCGACAAAGAGACUUCAACUCUGAACUGCUAAGACUGAGACAACACUGGAAGCUGAGAAAAGUGGGAGAUAAAAUUCUUGGUGAUCUGAGCUACAGAAGUGCAGGCUCCCUUUUUCUUCAUCAUGGCACAUUUGAGGUGAUAAAGAACACUGACAUUGACCUGGAUAAAAAGAUACCUGAGGAUUAUUGUCCUUUGGAUGUUCAAAUUCCAAGUGAUUUAGAGGGAUCAGCGUACAUCAAGGUUUCCAUUCAAAAACAAGCACCAGACAUUGGUGACCUCGGGACGGUCAAUCUGUUUAAAAGACCCUUGCCAAAAUCAAAACCAGGUUCUGCACACUGGCAAACAAAGUUGGAGACUGCACAGAAUGUUCUUCUGUGUAAAGAAAUAUUUGCCCAGCUGUCACGAGAAGCUGUUCAAAUUAAAUCACAGAUUCCUCACAUUGUAGUGAAAAAUCAGAUAAUCUCCCAGCCUUUCCCAGGUUUGCAGUUGUCUAUUUCUCUGUGUCACUCUUCCAAUGAUAAAAAGUCACAAAAGGCUGCUUCUGAAAAACAGAAUCCAGAGGAUCAUCUCUAUGUUCUGGAACAUAAUUUGCAUCAACUUAUCAGAGAGUGUCACAAGCAAACCCUGAGCUCAACAGUGAUGCCACAUCCAGCUAGUGCACCUUUUGGCCACAAGAGAAUGAGACUUGCAGGGCCCCAGGCUUUUGAUAAAAAUGAAAUCAGUUCUCUACAGUCGAAUGAAGGACUUCUGGAAAAGAUCAUAAAACAGGCAAAGCAUAUCUUUUUGAGACGAAGAACUGCUCGAACCAUUGACAGUCUGGCAAGUCGUAUUGAGGAUCCUCAGAUUCAGGCUCACUGGUCCAAUAUCAAUGAUGUUUAUGAAUCCAGUGUUAAAGUUCUAAUAACUUCUCAAGGAUAUGAGCAGAUAUGCAAAUCCAUUCAACUACAGCUGAAUAUUGGAGUUGAACAAAUCAGAGUUGUGCAUAGAGAUGGAAGAGUUAUUACACUGUCCCAUCAAGAGCAAGAACUGCAGGAUUUCCUUUUAUCUCAGAUGUCACAGCACCAAGUACAUGCAGUUCAGCAGCUUGCAAAAGUUAUGGGAUGGCACGUGCUGAGUUUCAGUAAUCACGUUGGUCUGGGGCCGGUGGAGAGCAUUGGCAACGCAUCAGCAAUAACUGUAGCAUCACCAAAUGGAGACUAUGCCAUUUCAGUACGUAAUGGUCCAGAAAGCGGCAGCAAAGUCAUGGUUCAGUUUCCUCGGAGUCAGUGCAAGGAUCUCCCCAAGGGUGAUGUCCUGCAGGACAGCAAGUGGAAUCAUCUCCGGGGACCAUUCAAGGAAGUGCAGUGGAAUAAAAUGGAAGGGCGUAACUUUGUGUAUAAAAUGGAACUCCUCAUGGCUGCCCUAACUCCUUGCUAGUGAAGCUGAGGGCUUUCAAGUGUCUGUGUGCAAUGAUAACUGCCAGUGCAGCAAAGGGAAAUGGGAACUAUGGGUCAACACAAGAAAGCAAAAUCAAAUUAAUUUCCUGUACAGAAAUAGCCAUUUUGGUAUUUGUAAUAAAAUCUUUUUCAGUGACUUAUAAAAUACAUACAGUAUUUUGUAAAAGUUCCUUUCAGCUGUAUCUUUGAAAAAUGCUCUGUCCAGGGUAACAUAGCUGAGUAAUUAAUGUAUUUUUUGUUUAUAAAAUUAAAUUUGGUAUUCCUUGAGUUGAA